AUGACAACAAUACGACCAUCAAAUAGUUCAUCAUUUCCUGACAAAACGGUCAAUCCCGUUUUCCCUCCAAUGUCUUAUUCAAUUGCAAAUAGUAUUCGACCUCCAUUGUUUCCACCCAACAUUUCUACAUCUUCGACUCAAAAUUUUUCUCAACCUAAUGCUCCAAUUUUUCCACCAACUAUUCCACCAUCGUCGAAUGUUCACAAUACAAAAAUAAAUCCAACACUACCACCUUCACAUGUUUACAACACAAACACCAGUCCUACUCAACCAAUAGCAACUACUGAUAAAUUAAAUACAAUUCCAACUCCAUCAAUAUCGAAUGUUUCUACUGCAAAUGGAAAUUCAACUCCACCAUUAAAUGUUCUCAGUACAAAAACAAAUCCAACUAUACCGUUUCCUACUCCUUAUAAUAUUAGUUCAAAUCCAACUUCACAAACAUCUAGUUUCUUCACUUCAAGUACAACUUCACAACCAACCAAUCUUUUCAAUUCAAAUGUAACUCCAUCACCACCAUAUGGAUAUAACAUCAACACAAGUCCACCACCACCACCACCACCAUCAAAUAUUCUCAAUACAAAAGUGAAUUCACCUUCACUACCAACGACUAAUUAUCCAAUCAAUCCAAAUCCAUCUCUACCACAUCCAUCAAACGUCUAUAAGCCUCUUUCAACCUACCAAAUACCAUCAUCUCAACCAUCAAUUGGAAAUGGUAU